AUGGCAGAAGAACCUCAAGCGAUAACGAAGGAGCCUGUGUCUGUCGAGGAGAAGGCUGUUGGGCGGAAAUUUAAACCAUGGAAUGGCAUGAUCAAGAAACGUACUGCUGCGGAUGGUGCCGCGGAAGCUGAUGUUAGGAAUAAUUCUGUGAAGGGGCUCUAUCCGAGUGGGGUGCGGUUACUAUUGCUAAUCAUCGCGUUAUGUCUUGCGAUUUUCUUGACUUCUUUGGACAUGACCAUUGUGUCGACAGCGAUUCCCCAGAUCACCGACGAAUUUAAUGGCAUCGAUUCCAUAGGAUGGUACGGCAGCGCAUUCUUCCUGACCUUAUCUUCAUUUCAGUCGGCAUGGGGCAAGGCAUUCAAAUACUUCCCUUUGAAAUCGGUGUACCUCGUGUCGAUAUUGAUAUUCGAAGUUGGAAGCUUGAUAUGUGCACUGUCAAAAAAUAGCACAACUUUAAUUGUAGGCCGAGCCAUAGCAGGAGUUGGAGGAGCUGGUAUAUUCUCAGGAUCUUUCACAAUCAUCGCCUUCAUAGCACCACCGGAGAAACGAGGAGCAUAUACAGGUUUUGUUGGUGGAUCUUACGGAGUUGCUAGUGUCGUUGGACCGCUGAUCGGAGGGCUUUUCACCACGCAUGUUAGUUGGAGAUGGUGUUUCUACAUCAACUUGCCUCUGGGGGCUGCUGUCGUGGGAAUUAUAGCACUCUUCUUCGUUACACCAGCUGCUUCUAAGACCGUUGAUGUUCCUCUCAAAGAGAAGCUCCUAAACUUCGAUGUCCUCGGCAUAUUCGUAAUUAUGGCAUCAGUAGUAUGCUAUCUACUCGCCCUACAAAAAGCCGGAAUCACACAUGCCUGGAAAUCGGCCAUGAUAAUCGGCUUACUCAUUGGUUUCAUACUACUCUUCAUCGUAUUCUGUGUCAUCCAAUUCGUCUUGGGCGAGCGAGCGAUGGUUCCGCCACGACUUCUCAAAGACCGAACGAUGUGGGGUGUCAUGGCAUUUAUCUUCUUUCUAGCCUCAUCUUCCUGGCUAUUCGUAUAUUACGUCCCGAUAUACUUCCAAGUCAUCGACGGAACAACCGCAGCACAAAGUGGCAUACGAACCAUUCCGUUAGUUCUAGGCCUUACAGUUGGCACCAUUAUAGCCGCCAAGAGUCUCGAAAGUUUCGGCCUUUAUGUGCUAUAUCUGGGUCUCAGCGGAGUAUUAUCUGUCAUUGGAGCCGCACUUUUGUAUACACUUGAUAUCGGAACCGGAUCACCUGCAUGGAUCGGAUACCAAGCGCUUGCCGGAAUAGGAUAUGGUCUUGGAGUACAAACACCUCUUAUUGCAGCUCAAGCCGUUAUGAGCGAUGAAGACAUCGCCUCCGCUACCGCGAUGAUAUUAUUCGCACAAACACUCGGAGGAUCCCUGAUGAUCUCAGCUGCGCAAAGCGCUUUCGUAAACACUUUGAUCAAACGAAUCAUCGAGACCGUCCCGGAACUCGAUCCACUUCUCGUUGUCCUCACAGGUGCAACUGAAAUUCGACAAAAGCUGCCCGCUGAAACCAUUCCCAGGGUAUUGAGAGCGUAUAUGGAUGGAUUGAAGAGCGCUUAUGCGAUAGGAAUUGCUACCGCUGGGUUGAUGCUGCUGCUUGCUUUUGCUUGCAAAUGGCAUAAUCUUGUAGACUUAAACAAGGCAAAGACCAAAGCACAAUCAGGCAGUAAAGAGCAGCUGAAAGCUGAAGCGUGA